UUAGAAAGUGGCAAAUCAAAUAGCUAUUCAUCUUGGGAAAUGAAGUGAAAUUAAAUGAAGAUUAAAUUAAAUUUGCUGUUACUUGUUAACAGUAAUGUGUGGGUUCAUGUUACUAUCUAUAAAAUGGCUGAACAGGAAUAAACACUGUCUUGAGAGAGCCAGUUUGAAAUGGUUUAAGCACCAUUUGAAACUCCACCUCUAUCGCAUUCACAGUAGGAAACUGAGAGCAACCUUUCUAGUGAACACACCAACUGUGGAGUUGCAGAGCAUCAGACACACAACGAUGAAGUUCAGCUUUAUAACAGCUUUAAGUCUCUGUAGCUUCUGGGGGAUUUCAAUUUCAGCUUCUGAUUUUCAGACCACAAAGGUCCAGCCAGGUGAAGAUGUGACUCUGCAGUGCACUAACAACUCCAAAUGGGACUCUAUGACUUUCUGGUUCAGAUUGGUCAACAGUACCACAGUCCGAUAUAUCUCUCGUUUGGUAACUUCUAAAAGUGAGGCUACAUACAGUGAUGGAUUUCAAAACGGAGAAUUUGAAAUGACAACCAACAUCUCCACUGUUUUCCUCAAAAUCAAGCGAGUGGAUCAAUCUGACUCUGGGCUGUAUUUCUGUGGAUUUCACUCAGCUGGACGUCUGCUUUUCAGUGUGACGCAUUUAAACGUUGGUGAAGAGUCUGACGUUGUAGCUAAGCUGACGAGCGUCACCUUGGGUGUUCUGUCUGUUUUCCUCCUAAUGUUCAUCAUUGGGCUGGUUGUUCAAAACAGGAAACUUCAGCAAGCUUUUAAAGAACAACAAAAUCUGGACCAAAGUGAGAGUCGAGACAAUGAUGACUUGAACUAUGCUACAGUAACGUUUCAGCCGAAAGCAAAAAGAAACCAAAUGGGGUCAAAUGUGAUCUAUGCUGCUACCAGAUAGUCUCAAGUUUUUCACCUUUUAUAGUGGCCUUUUUUUGGUGCAUGGUUUAAACACAACCGAGAUGAAAAUCCUGACACCUGUUAAGUUGCAUCUUUCUUGUUACAGAAUCUCUAAUAAAACAGUAAAUAUCGCCUAUAUUUCUGAACAACAUCAAGUAUUUCGUUGUGGAACCUGGAUCAAACUUUGAGUUGUAUAUUGUACAUACUACAUGUGCAAAGGUCUGAAUCAAAGAUAUCAAUUAAUACAAAUACAUGUGA